AGCAGCCUGGUUCCAGUCGGAGGAGGCAGAGGGGGCGGCCCGAUCUCCCCGCAUGGAGGGUCCCUGCUCGCUGGGGGUGAGCCUCUUCUCGGACCAAGGCGGCAGGAAAUACAUGGAGGACGUCACCCGCAUCUUGGUCGAGCCCGAGCCAGAGGCGGCGUCGGGGAUGGGCGCAGCGAGCGGCGGCGGCGGCGGCAGAGCAUUAGGCGGGGAUGAUGGCGGCGGCGGCGACCGCUCGGUGGCCUUCUUCGCCGUCUGCGAUGGGCACGGCGGGCGCGAGGCGGCCCAUUUCGCCCGGGAGAACCUCUGGCCUUUCAUCAAGAAGCAGAAGGGCUUCCGAUCCCACAAGCCGGCCGCCGUCUGCGCUGCCCUCCGCAAGGGAUUCCUCGCCUGCCACCGGGCCAUGUGGAAGAAGCUGCCAGAGUGGCCGAAGACCAUGACGGGCCUGCCAAGCACGUCCGGGACGACCGCCAGCGUGGUUAUCAUCCGGGGCUCAAAGAUGUACGUGGCUCACGUCGGCGACUCAGGUGUGGUGCUUGGAGUCCAAGACGACCCCAAGGACGACUUCAUCCGGGCUGUGGAAGUGACUCAGGAUCACAAGCCUGAGCUCCCGAAGGAGAGGCAGCGGAUUGAAGGCCUUGGGGGCAGUGUGAUCAAUAAAUCCGGCGUGAAUCGGGUUGUGUGGAAGAGGCCUCGCCUGACCCACAACGGCCCUGUGCGGCGAAGCACAGUGAUUGACCAGAUUCCGUUCCUGGCGGUGGCUCGGGCUCUAGGUGAUCUGUGGAGCUACGACUUCUACAGCGGCGAGUUUGUUGUAUCUCCCGAACCGGACACAAGUGUGCACACAUUAGAUCCCCAGAAGCACAAAUAUAUCAUCCUGGGUAGUGAUGGGCUGUGGAACAUGAUCCCACCGCAGGAAGCCAUUUCUAUGUGCCAGGACCAUGAAGAGAAAAAGUAUUUUACGGGAGGGCGCCAGCAGUCUCUGGCCAAAAUGCUGGUGAACCGUGCACUGGGACGUUGGAGGCAGCGCAUGCUGCGGGCAGACAACACCAGUGCCAUCGUCAUCAGCCUUUCUUCGGUGCGCAGCAACCAGAGCAGUCUGGAAGGGGAGGAGGAACUGUAUUUCAACCUGGCCGAAGGCCCGUCCUAUAGCAGCCCUGAGAUGUGGGCAGUGACUCCUUCACGCUGCUCCACUCCUCCAGUCAAGGUUUUAGAAGAUGACUUGUGGCCACGGCUCAGCUCCCCUGAGACCAUCCCUUCGCUGACGCGCAACACGGCAUUGAGUAAACCUUCAGAGCCGCCUGGGGAGGCCGCCAAAGACAGCGCCCCAACGUUAGCGGUGGUGUCAAACAAGGAUGCGGUGCCACAGGAGGAGAAGUGCGGCCGACUGUUUGGGUUGAGGAUGCGCGACUCGGAAGGACGGAGCCUGCCAGGGACCCUCUCUCCCUCCAACUCUGGGAACGCAGGCAUGGAUCCAAAAGCCUUCAAGGUACCUCCAAGCGAGCCAACCAAAGCAGCGACAGUGAGCUGCAAAAGGACAUUGGAAGAAUCCAAUUCGGGGCCUUUGCUAAAGAAGCCUAGGAGGGGGAUGACUAGGAAUGUCAGCGUCCAGCCUGAAAUCUUGUCCUCCACGACGACCCAGCACAAAACCACCAGUAAGCUGGCCAUGCGCCGUAGCCUUCGAAGACAGAAGAAGCUGGGGAACCCAUUGUUCCACCAGCCCAGGAAAGCACUUUGUGUUUGCUGAAAGGGUUUCAGUCAUUAAUGCAGUUUACCUGCAUAGGGAAGCUUUUUAAUGUGUAAUGAUUUGUUAUGUUUUCAUAUAUGUUGUAAGCCUCCCAGGGUGACUGAGGCAACCCAGUCAGAUGGGUGGGGUACAAAUAAAAAAACCCUAUUAUUAUUAUUAUUAUUAUUAUUAUACCUUGUGGUCCAGUUCAAAGUUAUGAAGUUUCGGUACAGAUAAGUUGAAACUGCAUAUUUUUAUUUUAUCUUUUUCUCAUUUGGUUUUUUAAUUUUUUUUAAUCUAGAAAACCUUUUUUGGGGCGGGUUGGUAUUCAAACAGCUUUAUCUCAAACUUGUACUUGCUUGUAAUAUAACUGUGAAUUUUGUAGACGUUCUUAGGAUUAUAAGGAGUUUGCUGUAAAAAUGUGUGUAAAUUUAUAUUCCUUCAUACCAAAAUGUAGUCUCCCCACCUAACUUUGUUUUGCAUAAUUGUUACAACAGGGCUUAGCAAAACCCACAAAAACACAACACCUUGAUUUUGGAUGAUGAAUUUUUUGGGGGGUGGGGUUAAUUUAGUACAAAGUAAUGAAUUUGUAUAAAAUUCUUGUGACGACCUCACAACUUUUUAAUGAAAGUAAAUUAUUAAAAAGAAUGGAAAAUAUGUAUUUUCGUAGUACUUAAUACGUUCUGCCUGAAGUGUACCCUAUUAGAGAAUAUAAUACUAGGUCUAUUUUCUUUCUUUAUUAACUUUUAGAUUUCUCUAUUCAGAAAUGAAACAUACGCAGAGGAGAUGCUGAGUCUUCGUCACAAAGCAAUGCUGGUUUCUGUAUUUUGAUUAAAAUACUAUGCAGUACUUUAUCUUAGUUGUAUUUUCAUUAUAAUUUUUUUUGUAAGAUAAAGGGCCAAUAUUUUAGCUCAAAAACAGGAACGAAAUGUAGUUUCCCUCCAGUUAUUGAUUCCUAAUUCUUGAGAAGUGUUUUUUUUUUUCCUUUUAGCAACACAUUUGGAUAUACAACACAUUCCUUUUUACAAGCAUGAGAUAUUUUACUGUUCCAACAAUGGAUGGUGCUCUUGAUGGUGACAUUUCCACCAUAGGUUCUUAAGUUAUUGGGAUAGUUUUCUAGUUUUAUUUGCAUACGUUGAGCCAUGUAUACUUAUAAUGAAAUAAAGUUAGCAAAAAACCUGG